AUGAAGCGCUCCAAGAAGAAGGGGUCGAGUUCGGAGGAAGAGGGGGAGGACAGCCCGGUGCGGCAGGCCGUCCAGGGCAGUGUGUUCAUGAACCAGGGCCAGUCCAUCGAGUUCAUGAUGGUCACCCCCGACGAAAAGCUCUACACCUGCGAGGCCGACGGCUGCGUACGCGUCUACGACCUCGACACGGGAGAGCUGGACUCGCAGUCCAAGCCCGUGCAGGCGCGGUCGGUACAGCUGGAGCCCCAGGCCAUCUUCAUCAACACCCGCAACAACACCGUCAUCGCCUGGAGCACCACCAAAACGAUCAACGACUACACCAUCGAGGACGACAUCCUCUACACAGCCUCCAUGGACGGCACCGUCAUGGCCUGGGACACCAGCAUGGAGCAGGCCAAGACAAAGAACCUGUCCAAGUUCUUCGGUGACUCAGCCUCGCGGCAGGCGGCGCCCGGGGUGCGCACGGCUGCGGUCUACAUGGGGCGCACCAAGAACGGACCCGAGGUGGAGCUGACCAAGAAGCACCGCAACGUGUUCAAGGGCCACAAGGAGGCCAUCACCUCCCUCUUCUACGAUAACGGCAUCAUGUACACCGCCUCCACCGACCUCACCAUCAAGUCCUGGAACCCCAAGCUGGGUAAGUGCUUGAAGACGUUCAAGGGCCACACGGCGUGGGUGUACUGCUGCCGCACCUACAACGGCCUCCUCUACUCGUCAUCGCGCGACAAGACGGUCCGGGUGUGGAACCCCAAGAAGGGCGAAUGCAUACAGGUCAUGAACGUGGAGACGUCCCUCACGUCCUUCAAGAUCAAGGGCAACCACCUCUUCGGCAUCAACUCCGAGAAGGCGGGCCUCGCCGACGACAGCCUCAAGAUGAUCUCCCUCCAGUCCGGCAAAUUCGUGAAUGUCUUUGAGGGCCAUUCGGCGCGUAUCCGGGUCUUCAAGAUGUACGGCGACCGCCUGUUUACGGCUUCCGCCGACGGCACCAUCCGGGAGUGGAGCAUCAAGCUGGGCCAGUGCAUGAACGUGCUGCGGGGCCACGAGGGCAGCGUGAACGCCAUCUCCUUCAAGGGCGGCACCCUCUACUCGGCGGGCGACGACGGCACCAUCCGCGUGUGGGAAUACUCGGACGCCGACCCGGACAACCCGCUCAGCGAGGAGCUGGAGGCGGAGGAUUCGGUGCCGCAGCGGCGCAACACGGUGUCGGGGGCGGCGCCGUUCGGCAAGAAGGCGGAGAGUGCGCCCUCGUUGUCGCCGCUGGGCAAGCUGGCGGGGAACACCAUCGGGCAGCGGACCUUUUCGGUGGCCCUGCGCGGCAUGCGGAACAGCAGCAGCAGCAGCGCCACGUGUCGCGCCCUCAACAACGGCAACGAAUACCCAGCCUGA